AUGACCGAGAUCCUCCUUAAGCCCGAUCUUGAUCCUCUCCUUUGAAACGACUUUUGCCCUCCUCUUCAAGCCCACUAGAAAGACAUUCCUUCUUCAUACACCAUGUCGUACCCAGGUAGAUGCAAUUGCGGUAAAUUCGUAUUCAAGGCGCCCGCUGCCCAGGGUAUAGCAGCCUGCUUCUGCAAAUGCUGCACUCGCGCCGGCGGGUCUCUUUGCUCUUUGAAUGCCGUCAUUCCUGUCAACUCACUUGAGUUUUCAAAGGGAUCUUACAACGAGCUCUCCACUUAUGAUGAUCAGGAGACGACUAGUGGAAGUCCCAUGACUAGAUACUUCUGCGGAGGCUGUGGUUCUGCCUUUCAGAGUGUCCCUCAAGGGAGCGAAAUUGCCUACUUCAAGCACUCUCUCCUAGACGAUCCAGUCGGAUACGUCUCUGGCAAUCCACCUAACAUGGUCCUCUUUACGUCCAAGGCGCCCAAGUGGCUCGAGAGUGAGAAGACGCCUCUGAGUGGUGGUGGGAGCACCCCACUUACGUGGCCCGAGCCAGGAAAGGGGACAGAGUACAAGGAUCAGCAGUGAGCGGAUGCGGGUAGUACAGAGCGGAUGAGGGCGGGGAUGCUAGAAAGAUGCUGUUGUUGCGAUGUACGAAAUCUACAGUAAUAAUAAUGUGUAUGCGAGGGCGCCGGGUGGGCGCUCUACAACUCUACCGUCCAGCAACCAUAUCUCCGGCUCUGACCACCAGA